UGUCCCGUUGUGUCCCUUCCAUGAAACCCCGUAGCUUAGGCUAGCCGGAAGUAGUGAACAGUAUCCAAAAUGGCAGGCGCCGACGGAGACGAUUCUCUUUACCCUAUUGCUGUGCUCAUUGACGAGCUACGGAAUGAAGAUGUCCAGUUGCGGCUGAACAGCAUUAAGAAACUGUCCACCAUUGCCCUGGCUUUGGGCGUUGAGAGGACGCGUACGGAGCUGCUUCCUUUCCUGACUGACACCAUCUAUGAUGAGGAUGAGGUGCUCCUUGCUCUGGCUGAGCAGCUGGGCAACUUCACCAUGCUGGUGGGUGGGCCGGAGUACGUCCACUGUCUGCUGCCUCCCCUGGAGAGCCUGGCCACUGUGGAGGAGACCGUGGUGCGGGACAAGGCUGUGGAGUCGCUUCGUAAGAUCUCCCACGAGCACUCGCCUGUGGACCUGGAGGUGCACUUUGAGCCCCUGGUGAAGCGUCUGGCCAGUGGGGACUGGUUCACCUCCCGCACCUCAGCCUGUGGCCUCUUCAGCGUCUGCUACCCUCGCGUCUCCAGCACAGUCAAGGCAGAGAUUCGCCAACAUUUCCGCACGCUGUGCUCGGAUGACACUCCUAUGGUGCGUCGUGCCGCUGCCUCCAAGCUGGGUGAGUUUGCCAAGGUCCUGGAGCUGGAAUACGUGAAGAGUGACAUCAUCUCCCUCUUCACUGCCCUUGCCUCAGAUGAGCAGGACUCUGUGCGCCUUUUGGCUGUAGAGGCCUGCGUCAGUAUUGCCACACUGCUGCCCCAAGAGGACUUGGAGAGUCUGGUAAUGCCAACCUUGCGACAGGCUGCAGAGGACAAAUCCUGGAGGGUGCGCUACAUGGUAGCAGACAAGUUCUCAGAGCUCCAGAAAGCCGUGGGGCCCGAGAUCACCAAGAAUGACCUGGUGCCCGCCUUCCAGAACCUGCUAAAGGACUGUGAGGCUGAGGUGCGGGCAGCAGCCGCCAAUAAGGUCAAAGAGUUUUGUGAGAAUUUACCGGAAGACAGCAAGGAGACCAUCAUUAUGACUCACAUUCUUCCUUGUGUCAAGGAACUGGUGUCUGACACAAACCAACAUGUGAAGUCUGCCCUGGCAUCUGUGAUCAUGGGUCUGUCCACCAUCCUGGGCAAAGACAACACCAUCGAGCACCUGCUGCCGCUGUUCUUGGCCCAGCUGAAGGAUGAGUGCCCAGAGGUUCGCCUGAACAUCAUCUCCAACCUGGACUGCGUCAACGAGGUCAUCGGCAUCCGCCAGCUGUCUCAGUCCCUGCUGCCUGCCAUUGUAGAGCUGGCCGAGGAUGCCAAGUGGAGGGUACGACUAGCCAUCAUCGAGUACAUGCCCCUGCUGGCGGGCCAGUUGGGUGUGGAGUUCUUUGAUGAGAAGCUCAACUCCCUCUGCAUGGCGUGGCUUGUUGACCACGUGUACGCCAUCCGAGAGGCUGCCACCUGCAACCUGAUGAAGCUGGUGGAGAAGUUUGGAGCAGAGUGGGCUCAGAACACCAUUGUCCCCAAGGUGCUGGGAAUGGCCAAUGAUCCCAACUACCUACACAGAAUGACCACUCUCUUCUGCAUCAAUGCGCUGUCUGAGGCCUGCGGCCAGGACAUCACUACCAAACACAUGCUGCCCGUGGUCCUCAAGAUGUCCAAUGACCAAGUGGCCAACGUGCGCUUCAACGUGGCCAAGUCCCUGCAGAAGAUCGGCCCGGUGUUAGACAGCAAUGCUCUGCAGACAGAGGUGAAACCUGUGUUGGAGAAACUGGCCACAGACCAGGACAUGGAUGUGAAGUACUUUGCCCAGGAAGCUAUGAGUGUUCUUGCCCUGGCUUAAGAGACCCAUUCGCCUAUCCGCUGAGCAUACAACACAUCCCAAGAUUCACCACACUGUAUUUAUUGAUAUCCAGGAUCAACUGGCUAGAGAAACAAUUCUUAAGCUGUUUAAAUGUUGUCACCCCCCCUACUUUGCCUUUUCAGUGAUAGUGAACGUCUUGAGGAAGCAGCUGUUUCCUCAGAAUUGGCUAUGCUUGCUGUGUAUCCCUGCGUCGAGCAGAAAAUUAACUCGAGCAGCAUAUGUGGACGAUGUAUGUGCACAGGUCUGACCCAUCUGCUUCAACUACUUACUGGCUGUACUUCUUGGCAUGGAGGUGUGUAUAGCUUCUCAGCCCUGUCCCCUGUCCCCACCCUUUAGUUUAAACUCAGCGUUUUUUUUUCCUGCAUGCUUUAGGCAAACCUGUCUGCUGCAGUUAAGAGAAGCAUGCAGCAGGCUGGUAACGUAGCUCUCCUAAUGUCGGUGUAAUAUCCUUAAAAUCAUAUGGGGGGUGGGUGGAUCUUGUAUAGUAAUUGUCUACAGCGUCUCUUCAGCACAGUACAUAUUUCUGCUACUCCCCGUUCAGAUUCAUUUUUCCCACUGUGUAGGUUCUUCCCUGAUAUGUGUGUGCAAAAGGACUUUAAACAAGGGACCAUCACAUGUUUCAAUCUUAUUAAAGGUUCUAGACUUUGUCCCCUGGUAAGACUCUAGGUUUGAUACCCAGAGGCCAAUGGUCAGAGUAACCUGUUUAAUCUCUAAUCUUACUUGUAGAACAGGGUAGUCGUUAGUCUUCGUUGUGCCAAUAACUGUUUGAGAGCUGGAUUCAGUUAGGAUUUUCCCCUACACCUUUGUCGGCCUUUCCUUUUCUGUUUGUACAAUAAACGCUUUCUUGGACAUUUGAAA